GUUCAGUGUCAGUCUGCCAGAUGGCGUUGUGGAGUAUGGACGUGCACGCACGUGCCUGGAUCUGCUUACUAAUAGCAUUUCUUAGCUACAGAUGGGUCCAAUGUGCAGAAUUAUCAUUCCUAUUGAAUGAUGGCAAUCGGAUACCGGCUGUCGCUUUAGGCACCAGUUUGGGACAUCAGCCAGAUGGCACGAGGAUACUCUCAGUCAACCAUUCGCUGGCGGAGGCGGUACAAUGGGCAUUGGAGGCUGGGUACAAGCACAUAGACACAGCAGCCUUGUACCGGACGGAGGCGGAGGUCGGGAGGGGCGUGCGGAUGUACAUCGACAACAACGGCCGCAGAUCAGACGUUUAUGUUACUACUAAACUUUGGAACGACGCCCACGACAGGGAAGAAGUGUUGCCAGCAUUGAGGAAAUCUCUAGAGGAGCUGCAGAUGGAUUACGUAGAUCUGUAUUUAAUGCACUAUCCAAUGGCGUAUCAUAAAGACGGUAGCAUCAGUUCCACCGAUUACCUUACAACGUGGGCUGCCAUGGAAGAGGCAAAAGAUCUGAAUCUCACCAGGUCGAUCGGAGUGUCGAACUUCAACCUCACGCAAAUGGAACGGCUGUGGAACAACUGCAGGAUCAAACCUGCCGUCCUGCAAAUCGAGGUGAAUCCAACAAUAACUCAGGACGAGCUGGUCCAAUGGUGCAAGGAACACGGAGUGGUGGUCACAGCGUACACUCCAUUCGGGGCCAUCCUGGGACGCAAGAGUGACGCGCCGCCUCCCAGAGCUGACCACCCACUGCUGAAGAGACUCGCUGACAAAUACCACAAGACUGUUGCCCAGAUACUGAUUAGAUAUCUGUUGGAUCGUGAGAUAGUUGCAAUACCGAGGUCUACGAACAAGGGACGUAUCCGAGAGAACAUAGACGUGCUCGACUUCCAACUCACAGCCGAGGAAGUAUCAGAUCUGUCUCAAUUCAACAUCAAUUACAGGCUUAGGACGCCCGCCAAAUGGUACCCGCAUCCAGAGUUCCCGUUCGAGAAAAAGAACCUCACCGAUGAACAAAUAAAGUUUAUUAUCGAACACAGCAGAGAGGAUUGAGAUUUGGACGUGCUAGAAAAUUAAAUUAAGCAGGUUUUGAGAGCGGCCAAAUUAGUUACUGAUAGGACGUUUAAUGAUUUAGUAAUUUAAUAAAUAUGACUACAAUUUGAUUGCUUUUGCACUACGACUUAUACCAAAAAGUUCUGAUUUUGUUAUAUUUUCCGUAUUAUUAAUGUGUGCGAUGUUCUACGGCAUACGUAUUCCUUAUCUAUAUUACGUCCAUUCAGAGUGUGAAGGAGCAAUUAGACCGCCAGAACUGUAUCAUCCAAGAGAUUGAACAUAUCUUUCUGCCUACUAUUUUUGUACUAGUUUUACAUUAAAUCCUGUACCAUUUACUAUAAAAUUUUGUACAGUAAUAAAUAAAGGAUCAACAAAUGAUUAUAUAUAUUAACAUAA